AUAAACACAUUGAAGCCAAAACUUCCCCUGCAAUUUUAUGCUGUAAAAUUUAACGGACAAGUAAUAUCAAAUACAAGUACAAUCUAGCCAUUGGAACUUCGUUACAGUUUCAUGUUUCAGAAGAUAAAUCAAUUCUACUACUCAUCCAUUUAGGGCUUUUCCCUUCAUCAAAACCCUAAUUCAUACUCAUCUUCCAAUUUCAAGCGUUAGGGUUUUCCCCCAAUUUUUCCAAUUUUCAGCUGCUCGUUGCUAUGCGGGACUUUUAUUUGGCGUGAUUCAUAGAUUGUGGCGGGUUUUGUAUUAAUUUUCAAUUUUGUGAUUAGUAAUAGUAUCAUUAGGAAUUAGGAUAUGUAUGGUCGAGGAAAUUAUGCCCCCCAGUUUGGGCAAGGUCUUCAAAGACCAAUGCCUCCUUAUCAGCAACAACUAGCCGGUCAUCCUUCAGCUUCACUUUUCCAACAGGGGAAUUCUGUUCCCUUGCAACCUGUGAUUCAACAGGGUGGAGCUCCUCAUGGAAUUUCACCUCGCGGUCCUUCCUAUUUACAUGCUCCUCCUGUCCCACCGAGCAUGCCACAUCAAGGUCCUCCAGUUUCUACCUCGAAUACUGGUCAGCCUUACCUGCAUCGACCUCUAACAGGACAUAGUGGGGCUCCUGCUCAACUUCCAUAUCUAGCUACGCAACAAAAUUUUGUGUCUGGAAGUCCUAAUCAACAUCCUCCCCCUCCCCCUCCCCCUCCCCCUUCUAUGGGUCUUUCUAGAGUUCCACCACCCCCUCCUUUUAUGCAACUUCCACCACCGCCCCCACGCCCGCCCCCAACAGCUGCUGGUCUUUUCCCCCCUGCUAAUUUCGAGUCUGCUAAACAACAAAGCGCGGAGUCUCACAUGUCUUCCAUAGCUCCCCCACCACCGCCUCUUCCACCUUCUUCCCCGCCAAGAGCUCCACCUCCUCCAUCAGCCUGCUCUCCUUCUUCUGGAAAGUUUGCUACAGCCACACAAACAGCUGAUAGGUCACCAACCCAAUCAGGACAUGAUCCUAUUUCUGAACAAGCUCUUGUGUCUGAAUCUAGUGGUAAUAUCCCAAUACACAGUCACAAGAGCGGUGCCACUUCAGUUUCAAAUGAAGAUGUGUCGCUGAAACAAAGUGUUUUGCUGAAUCUACCUCCUCCACCACCUAAGCCGACAGAUGAAAGUGUUGUUCGUAAUAUCGAUGUAUUGUGCCAGUUUAUUGCUAAAAAUGGGCCUGAAUUUGAAGAAAUGGCUCGUAAGAAAGAAUCUGGAAAUCCGGAGUUCAACUUUUUAGUUGGGGGUGAUCCGGGAAGUGAAGCUUCAUGUUCACAUGAAUAUUUCUUGUGGAUGAAAAAAAAAUGUGGUCUUGAAAAUGAUUUGAACAAAGGUCAAGGCCAGAGAGAUUUGUCAAAGAGGCAUGUUGAUGAAGAGCCCUCUACAACACCUAAUUCUUUGACCAAUGUGAGAACAGCUCAUUCACCUGCAGAUUCUGAUGUAGACAUGGAAGAUGAUAUCACACAAUCUGAUAAAGAGGGGGUUUAUCACUCAGUUGACGAUGGCGAGCCAAAGACCAUUUUAUCUGGAGACAUAUGUGAACCGCAGAAGCAAGAAAAUGAAAAUGAUUUGCAGUUUUCAAGAGGCAGCAGUCCAGCCCUGAAGUCAAGCCCAUCUGUCCAAUUUCAAGCCAGUGCUGAAACAAAGCCUGAAAAUCUUGGUGAUCAGCCCACUGAUAUCCAUAACCCAUUUAGACUCAUACAAAACUAUGCUUCUGAUGACUCUUCUGAUGAUAACGGUGAGCCAUGUCGUGAAAAUGCGAAGACUGUGGUAGCUUCACCCCCAGGUAAAUCUGGGGCUUUGAGCUCACAUGAUGACAUGGAGCAUGGAAACAUGAUCUUAAAGAGUGGCGUGACACCUGAAACAGGACUUGAUCAGUCUGUCACAGUUUGUUUAGAAAGUGUGCUGACAAAGGACCGACACGAUUUGCAAUCAAUUAAAGAUGAUCUCCAGGAAAAAUCCACUACAGCUUCGCGAAGAAAUUAUGAAAUUGAUUGCAGAGAUGGUAGAGCUGAAGGGUCCAAUCCCAAUGCUUCUUUACAUGGAAAACAUGUUUUAGGAAGUACGGGUAUCGAUCCUGUUUCUCCAUGUAAAGAUAUUGAAAAAGAAGAUAAAAAGAUUACCCAAACUGCAGUGAAAGUUGAUGAAUUUGGUAGACUGGUUAAGGAAGGUGCUAGCGAUAGCGAGUCUGAAGAUUCUCGCCACUUAAGGAGGCGAAGAGAUAGGAGCCGUAGCCGAUCACCCACUGAUAGAAGGAGGAGAAGAAGUCCUCGAAGAAGUCCCCGCAGGAGGAAGGAGAGAAGAAGCCGAUCUCGAAGCCGGUCUCCAAAGAGACGAAGAAGUAGAAGCAGAUCUCCUUACAGACCUGGAGUUGAUUUCCGUGGUGAGAAUUUGAGACGAGGCCAAGUUCAAACACGUGAAUGUUUUGAUUUCCUUAAAGGACGGUGUUAUCGUGGAGCUUCUUGUCGGUAUUUGCACGUCGAGGUUGAUAAGAAUGAAAAUUCCAGACGUUUUAGCAGUAAACAUCACCAGAUAGAAAUUGCAGGAAAUGCAGAUAAUCCUGAUAAACAAGGUGGAAGUGUCAGCUCAAAAUCACCUCAUGAACGUAAUGAUAUGAAGGGUGAGACAAUGCAUCUGUUGGAUAAGCAUGAUAGUCAUGAUUUGGCUUCACAAGUGAACAUUGGUAGAAGUAAAUCAGAAUUCACAGAUGGUGCUCUGCAGCACUGUUCUUCAGGUGUUGAGAAAUUAGAUACAGAUGUUAAACAAUGUGAUAGUUCUAGAAAGGAAGAUUGGAUUCCAGGUGCGUCAGAUGAACUUAUUCCUCAUCUUCCUAUUUCUGAGGAACAUCCAUCAUCUAGCAUCCCUCCAACAACUGAACAAGUGAUCCAUCAUCCUCAAGGUGUGGCUUCUGCUGGAGCAAAUGAUAUACUUGAGAAGGAGCCCCUAAAGGUGGACAGUUCUUUGAAAAGUGGUUCUUCAACUAUCCAGACAUCUGAAAUGUCUGCGUUUGGGCUUUCUGUGAAUGAGCCAAAUCUGGCCAAAUUGCCUAAUGAAUGUACUGCCCAAAAUGCUUCGGCACCAGAUUUCUCUCAACAGGUUUCUCAUUUACCUCCACCUCCCUUGCCUCAACAAGCAACAAAUGCACCACGAGGUCCUAACCUGCAGGUAGAUUACAACUUGUUGGCUCCAACAGUUAGUUUCCCCCCUCAAUCUGUUUCUACCAUGCCGCAGCCACGUCCCCCACAGAUGGUUGGUCCAACUAUUCCUGGUACCUCCUUGCAAUUUCAGCAGGGUAAUUUUCCUCUGAGAAAUGACUUUCCAGGUCAGAUGUCUUUGAGGACUCACCCUGGUGAACUACCAGGUCAUUCUCAGGUUGGUGGGUUUUCACAUCAAACAUACCAUCAUCUACCUUCAAGUGGCUUUCCAACUCAGCCAUUUGCAGGUCCCAAUCUAGGCAGGGAUGAUAGAUAUUCUCAGUUCCCUACCCAGAAUCUUGUAGCAUCCAGCUCCUUUGGGUCUGGGGUGGCCCCUCAACCUGUAUCAUUCCAAGGGGAUCCAUCUGUGAAGAACACACAGUCAUUUCCUGCGGAAAAUGUGGUCGGUGAAUCUUCUAAACAGUCUUUCCAGAAUCAUCAGUUAGCACAGCAGAGACCACCACCAUAUGGUCCACAUCUUACUGCUGCUGAGAGUAUGUCUCCUCACCUUGGAGGGUCUCUUCCUGUGGCUGGAUACUCAUCUAAUGCUGUUGACAGGGAUAAUCCAUCUAGUUUCUUUGAUGUUGGAGGAUCUAGAAUUUUUACCCAUUAUAAUCCUUAUGCUUCGACAUUUGAUCAGCCACUAAGCACAAGAUUCAGUUCUAUUGCUUUUAAACAAGAGAGAGAGGGUGUUGGUGCUAUUAAGUAUGAUGGACAAACAGCUGGUGAUCAGGGAUCGAGGCCGAUUAUGCCCUUAUCAAAUUUUUCAAAGACUGAGGGACAAACUCUGCCAAGUUCAGGUGGAGAACAAUAUGACCCUUUGUUUGAUAGCAUAAAUCCAUUUCCAGAAUCUGUUAAGAGGCAUGCUCAGAAGCAGGACCAUGCAGCUGAUAACUCUGAUAUCAUGUUAAAGCUCGGCAGUCAUCACAAGGUGUUAGAUGUGGAAGAGAACAGCAAGCAGAAAGUGGUUGGAGCUGUUACUGCAACUGCGUCUCUGGAGAAUGAUGAAUUUGGUGAGACAGCUGAUGCUGAAGUUGGUGCUGUAGAAAAUGGAAGCCCCAGCAGUCCCGAUGACGAUGCCGAUAUUGCUGAAGGUGACAUUGAGAUUGAUCAAGUAAAAUCAGAAGGGAGAAGUAAGAAAACUAAGGACUCUAGAUCAAUGAAACUGUUCAAAGUUGCAGUUGCAAAUUUUGUGAAGGAGGUUCUUAAGCCACAAUGGCGUCAGGGGUAUAUGAGCAAGGAAGUUUUCAAGACAAUUGUUAAGAAAACCGUUGAUAAAGUAUCUGGUGCUAUGAAAAAUCACCGUGUACCCAAGUCAAAUGCAAAGAUAGAUCACUAUAUCGACUCAUCACGGAGGAAACUCAUGCAACUAGUGGAGGGUUAUGUUGAUAAAUAUCAGAGUUGAUGUCAGCUUCAAAUGCCCAGCCGUGUCCACAGGCGCUGAACUGAAGUACAAGAGCCUAGAUCAGUAAGUUAACAUCAGGUUUGACUUCAGCAGGAUGAAUCAAUCAGAAAUUUUGGUAUUUAAAGUCAUCCAUUUGCAAACAAAACCCAAUUUGGAGGACAUUAUUCGCCAGCCUUGAGCUCACAAAUUUUUUCUUAGGGUGCAUGAGACUGAGUUUUGGACACUAGGUAUUUUAUUAUCUUCGAAGAAGGGUCAUGUCAGAAGAUUAAUUGUCCAGAGUUGGAUCGCAGAAGAUUGUUUGAUGUUGAGGACCUGUUAAAUAUGUAUGUAUAUCGGCUAGAUUUCAUAAAAGUUGGUUAGUGAAUUUCUUCUUUCCUUUAAGAUGUGAACAAUUAAUUCCUGAUAAUUUGAUUGUAAAAUAUAUUAUUGCAACUAGCACCUUCACAUA